AUGUCCACUGUCGGUGACUUGUCCAUCACUGUGCGAAAUAUCGCAGAAGAUGUGAAGAACUUAAAGGCCGCGUACGAGACAAAAAAUGAUUCCCAGUGCAUAGCGAUUCUCUCGAAAAUCAAGCGGCGCAUCAUCAUGUUUCCUACCUUUCUGAACCCUGGUGCCAGCAGCAGCACCCGGAGCGAGGAGUUGUCGCUCGCGCGCACCUAUCUUGAGCUUGGGGUCCUUGCCUCGGCGCACCAAAAGGACCUUGCCUCUUUUGAAGUAUACUUCAACCAGCUGCAGCUGUACUACAGCGACAUCGGCUCCGAUGAGCUGCCAGAGUCACCACAGUACCUGAUGCUGCUCGGCCUGAACCUCAUCCGACUCCUUGUCUGCAGCCGUAUUGCCGAGUUCCACUCAGAGAUGGAGAAGAUCCCGUUUGCCACUCACGGCUCGAACCUGUACAUCCGCUUUGCGGUCGGGCUUGAACGUUACUUAAUGGAGGGUAGCUACAACAAGCUUCUUACCUCACGCAAGAAGGUGCCGUCAAAUGAGUACCUGCCUGUUGUGGAGAUGCUCGAGCAGACAGUGCGCGACGAGGUCGCCAACUGCAUUCCUGAGUCGUACAAGCAGCUGUCCAUCCCAGCCGCUCAACGAAUUCUAAUGGUGGAUUCGGAGACGAAGGUGCGCGAGAUCGGUGCGGCGCGGGAGUGGACGUUGUCGGAGGACGGCACACACUUUCUCUUCACACGUGAAGACGACACCCUGAAAAGGGAAAUCCCCUUCAGGGAAAUGAUCGAGCAGCACAUCAACUUUGUCGCUGACCUGCAGAACAUUGUGUGA